GUGAGAAGACAGAGCCCGCGCGCAUGGAGGACCACAGGAUGGAGCGGAUGGAGUCGAUGGAGCCGAUCUCUGCGCACUACACCACGGCGUACCCGGAGAUCCACCCCGACGGCGGGUACGAGUCCAGAGAGCCCGCGGACAGCCAGGCGAAGACCCCGCCGGCUCCGGCGUACGACGAGGACUUCGUGCACAAGGCGAUCCUGGUCGGGGACAGCGGCGUGGGGAAGACCUCACUGUUGGUGCAGUUCGAUCAGGGGAAGUUCAUCCCCGGAUCCUUCUCUGCUACCGUGGGCAUCGGAUUCACGAAUAAAGUGGUGACUGUUGACGACGUAAAGGUCCAACUCCAGAUUUGGGACACGGCGGGACAGGAGAGGUUCAGGAGUGUGACACAUGCGUAUUACAGAGAUGCUCACGCUUUGCUCCUCCUGUAUGACAUCACCAGCAAAACCUCCUUUGACAACAUCAGGGCAUGGCUAACAGAGAUCCAUGAGUAUGCACAGAGCGACGUCGUCAUCAUGUUGCUGGGCAACAAGGCUGACAUGAGCAGUGCCAGAGCCAUCCGGAGAGACGAGGGGGAGAGACUGGCCAGAGAGUACUCGGUUCCUUUCAUGGAGACAAGUGCCAAGACGGGGGUGAACGUGGAGCUGGCCUUCACCGCUGUUUCCAAGGAGCUGAAGCACCGGGCCGCCCAGCAGCCCAACGAACCCAAGUUCCAGAUUCACGAAUACAUUGAAACGCAGAAGGAGAAGUCGGGCUGCUGCAGCUUCUCCUGAAACUCCUCGCCCGAGACUUCUGAAGCUCCUCCCCCAAGCCCUCUGAAGCUCCUCCCCCUAGCCCUCUGGGAGGAUGCCCUCCCAAAAUAUGACGCCGCCAUUCACUGAAGACUAAAAGGACAAAACAAACAACGGACUCACUGAAGACACUUUUUUAAAUUAUUAUUUAGCCGCCGACAACGUUUACACGGCAAUUGUCUCACACACACACACACACACACACACGCACACAAAGCUCUCAUACACACACACAAAGAUCUUAAACACACACAUACACACACACACACAGGUCUCUCUCACAAACACACACAGGUCUCUCUCACACACAUACAGGUCUCUCACACGCACACACAUACAAGUCUCACACACACACAGGUCUCUCUCUCACACACACAGGUCUCUCACACGCACACACAUACAAGUCUCACACACACACAGGUCUCUCUCACACACACACACAGGUCUCUCUCACAAACACACA